CAGCGGCUACACGAGACCACCGAGCUCUUCGACGGGCGCCGGGCGGUGGCGGCACUAGGCGCGGGGCACCACCACUCCUCUGGUGGCGGGCCGCAAGCGCCGCCCCCAUCUCGGUUCCUUCCUGCGGGCCGCCUUUCGAAAUUCCCGCAGUAGGCGUGCGCGUGGCCUCGCCCCGGGUGGGGGCGGGGCAAAAUCGGCGCAGGGCCUCUCCCCUCCGCCCCCGCGCAGGAAGCGAUGUCGCAUCCAGGGGUGGCCUCCGCGAAGGGCUUGUUGGUCAUGCUGCCUUUUUUCUUUUUGACAAUUAA